CACCCUAAAGUCCUAAACUACACAUUUGCAACUACAUUGAGUAUUUGAGUUAUCUUUCUCCUUGUCCAAAAACCUAAAAGAGAAUCUGAAUCCCUCACACUAUUGAUUGCCCCUUGCCCACAAUCCAAAGCCAGCUCUCACACACACACACAAGUCACGACAAUCACCCAAAAGAAAAAGAAAACUCUUGCUUCCAUUGUUGCAUUUUGCAGUGCAGCACCACCUUCUGUGACCCAUCAUGCCUUGUCGCCUACCCAGCCCGACCCGUUAAGCUCGCCGGAAACUUUGGCCAAAAGGGUCGCCGAAUCCACUCAUGGCUCUCGAUUUCGAAGUUUAGAGAGCGUCAAGCUUUCACCUUUUUUCCUGCCAUUUCGUGUUCUUUUUCUCUGCGGGGUUUGGGGGUUUUUGAACUGUGAGCGAUUGUGAGAAAACUCUGCGAUAUGUACGUGGUGCCUCCUCCCCAGCGCUCCGAUCUGGGUUCAGGAUCCGGUGAUUUGCGGGUUUACGAAGCCUGGAAGGGAAGCAAUAAAUUUUUUCUUCAGGGAAGGUUCAUAUUUGGACCUGAUGUGAGAUCACUGGCGCUGACAAUUUUCCUUGUUGUUGCUCCGGUUGCAGUUUUCUGUGUCUUUGUUGCCAGAAAAUUGAUGGAUGAUUAUUCUGACCACUGGGGGGUAUCCAUAAUGGCUGUUGCUGUUGUUUUCACUGUUUAUAUCUUAGUUCUUCUUUUGUUGACAUCUGGUCGAGAUCCUGGCAUAGUUCCACGUAAUGCACAUCCUCCAGAGCCAGAAGGUUUUGAUGGUAAUGUAGAUGGCGGUUCUGGUCAGACUCCUCAGUUGAGGUUGCCCCGUACUAAGGACGUUGUGGUCAAUGGGUGCCAUCUUAAGGUCAAAUAUUGUGAUACUUGUAUGCUCUACAGGCCGCCUCGAUGCUCACACUGCUCGAUCUGUAAUAACUGUGUAGAACGGUUUGAUCAUCACUGCCCCUGGGUUGGGCAGUGUAUUGGGCUGCGUAACUAUCGGUUCUUCUUCAUGUUUGUCUUCUCAACCACACUACUUUGUAUCUAUGUUUUCGCAUUUUGCUGGGUCUAUAUAAGAAGAAUUAAGGACUCAGAGGGGAUAACAAUUUGGAAGGCAAUGAUCAAAACUCCUGCCUCCAUAGUGUUAAUAAUUUACACCUUCAUAUCAAUGUGGUUUGUAGGUGGCCUCACUGCCUUCCAUUUUUAUCUGAUAACUACAAAUCAGACUACAUAUGAGAACUUCAGAUACCGAUAUGAUUGGCGAGUCAACCCAUAUAAUCUAGGAGUGUUCAAUAAUUUCAAAGAGAUAUUCUGCAUCAGCAUUCCCCCAUCAAAGAACAAUUUCAGGGCAAGGGUGCCAAAUGAACAAGAAUUACCUGCUCAAUCAGGGGGUAGAGGAUUUUUGCACCAAAGUGGGGGAAAAGCAGGGGAGGACAUAGAGGUGGGCAGAAAAGCAGUGUGGGACAUGGGUGGUGCUGGAAUUGAUGAUUCUGAAGCUCAACUAAGCAAUGAUCGAGUGUCGAUAAAGGAUGGUGAGCUGUCUCCUGAAAUCAGGACGACAGCAGAUGAAACGGGGGACCGUGCUGGAAUGCAUCCUCGGCGAUCUAGCUGGGGAAGGAAAAGUGGAAGCUGGGAAAUGUCCCCAGAAGUUCUUGCUUUGGCAGCCAGGGUGGGGGAACCAAAUCGUGUGGGUGGAGGAGGAAGCAGUAGUAGUUUGGCACACCAAUAGCAUGGCUAAAAGACAAGAAGAUUUGGGUUUUCUGUUAUAUCAUAUGGCAACUAUGCAACAAAUUUAUUGCAUGUGCUAUAAAGGUUGUGGGGGUUUUAGGCAUUUGGAGCGUGUUUUAAGUGUUGUUUUAGCCAUUCUGCUUCUAAGAAGGAAUUGUUUGGUGUUCUGAGUGAGCUUUGAUUUGCUUUGCUUGAUGUUGUUCUUUGCUUACCAAUUAAUUAGCCUUUGCAUCUUUGGAAGUUGCUGCUGCAGUUAGCAUGGAGUGUUGGGAGAAUGUUGUGGAGGACAUUGAUGAUGGGUCAAGUGGAACUGUUCUUGCUAACUUACCUCGGAUGCUUGAAUUAAAUGUAGUUGGUGUGUUGGGAUGAUAAACUUAUUGAGACAGAUUGUCAAAUCUUUACUAUGUUUGCCACUGUAGUUUCAUAGGGAUUCUAGUAGAAAGAUUGUGUGUAACUGUGUACCUUGUAUAAUCACGUAAAACCAUACAUUUCCUAGUCCAUUCUGUA